AUGGGAUCUCUAAAAGAAGUUGUAGCCUUCAUAAUCAUUAUGUGUGCAACAAGUGUAACAACAAUGACCCUCGCUCAAAACGCCAUGGCUCCGGCUCCGGCUCCACCAAGUGCUGACAACCCAAAUACAACAGUGGUGUUACAUAACGGAGGUUCAGUGCCAAUGGUGUUCCAUUGUAUGUCAUUAGAGGUUGAUUUUAAAACUCGGAUAAUGAUGCCAGGUGGAACCAGAGACCAAGUAUCUGGACCUCAUGGUUGCAAAAGAUGCGAAUGGAAGUUACGCCCAGAAGGACCUUGCCAAAUCAACGAAAAGACUGGAAAAAUUGAUCAUUGUCCUCCUUGGGAUUCUCAAUUGUUUUGA